AUGGGCGAUAUGCAGGCCAAACAAGGCUAUCAACUAGGUAUUGACGUUGGAGGCACAUUUACGGACGUUUAUGUCUUUACCCCGCAUGGCGAGACUGUUCGAGCUAAAGUACCCACAACUGUCGAAGACCAGAGUAUUGGCAUCAAAUAUGGGAUCUUGAAGGCCCGCAGGUUACUUCAAGAGAAAUUUGGCUGGUCGGGUAAAUUCCAAUUCAUGCACCAUGGCACUACAACCGCAACAAAUGCCGUGCUAGAGGGGAAAGGUGCUCGAACUGCGCUUGUGGUUACAGCGGGGCACAAAGAUAUUCUGGCAUUGCGCCGUUCUCAAAUUCCUGGUGGAUUGGGCGCUUGGUUGAAUUUCACGCCACCUGAGCCAAUUGUGCCGCUUGAAAGAGUUGUACAGUGCAAGGAGCGCAUGUCUGUGCUUGGCGAGCCGGUAACCGAUGUUGACAUUGAGGAUCUGCGACAAAGUCUACAAGAGCUGGCUCGCCAAGAUCCCGAGGCUGUUGCUAUUUCGCUUUUGAAUUCUCAUAGUAAUGAUGCACAUGAGAAGAUUGUCAAGAAAAUUGUGCGUGAGGUGCUCGGUGAGGACGUUGCGAUCGUUUGCUCUGCUGAGGUUCUUCGCGAAGUUGGCGAAUAUGAACGAACUGUGACAACAUGUACCAAUACACUUGUGAAGCCUGUGGUCCAGAACUACCUAAGAAACCUUUCAGAUGGCCUUGCAGAACAUACUGACACGAUCCGGGUUCUCAAGAGCGAUGGUGGAUUGACCAGUUUGAAUCUUGCUUCCGAGCUACCAGUGAACAUAUUGAUGUCAGGGCCUGCUGGUGGUGUUAAAGGAGUGGCGGACGUGGUUACCCGGAGCACACCAUACAAGAACCUCAUCACCCUUGAUAUGGGCGGGACAUCCACGGAUUGUGCCGUCAUCUACAAGGGGCAGCCCCAACUGCGACGCGAAACGGUCGUCGGUAAUCUCUCGGUUCGUGCACCUGCAGUCGAUGUGAAGACCGUUGGAGCUGGCGGCGGCUCGAUCACAUCGUACAUGGAAUUGACCGAGACCCUCCGGGUGGGCCCUGAAAGCGCAGGCGCUCAGCCAGGACCUGCAUGUUAUGGAAAAGGCGGGCGACAAGCCACUGUCACAGACGCAAAUCUUGUUCUCGGAUACCUUCCCAAGACCUUGCUCGGCGGAGAGUUUGAACUAGAUGUCAAUGCAGCAAUGGCGGCUGUUACUGAGAUUGCAGACCAAAUGAAGCUUCCUGUAAUGCAGACAGCGGAGGAUAUAAUCACCAUCAUUAAUGAAACCAUGUAUGGUGCUCUGAGGCUGGUGUCUGUCGAGCAGGGAUACGAUCCUCGAGAGUUUGCUCUUGUGGCGUUUGGAGGUGCCGGCCCUCUACAUGCCAAUGCUGUUGGUCAGUUACUUGGCGCUUGGCCCGUCAUUAUUCCCCCGUCUCCUGGUAUUCUCUGCGCACAGGGCGAUGUGACUACAAAAUUGCGACAUGAACAGUCUGCUACGUUUAUCCACUUGGUAUCUGAAACGACGGUGGACGAAGUUCGAACCCAAUAUAACUUGCUGGAAGAGCAGGGCCGAGAGACUCUUCAGCGAUCAGCCGGUGAUUCCUGGCCAGUGACCUGGAAAGCCCAAUACCAGGCAGAUCUGAGAUAUAAUGGGCAGGCUUUGACGAUCACCAUAGACCUUGAUAUUAACGAUCUCUCCUUGGAUACAGCGAAAUUGCAUGACCUGCUUCGGCAGAAAUUUGACCGACAGCACCAGCAGAUGUUCACUUACUGCCUAGCCGACUUUGAGCUGGAGCUAAUGCGACUUGGCGUUGUUUUGGAAGAUUCUUCUCCAAGCAUUGAGAUUCCAGAGGUCUCCAAAUCGAUGACAACUGACCCUCCUCCUGAGGCGAAGAUCGGAGAACAAAGUAUUGUUGUGCAAGGUAAAGAGCAACUUGCAACCCUGUGGGACCGACAAAAAAUCACUCAGCAAGGAUUGAAAGUUCAAGGACCGUGUAUUAUCUCCGAAAUGGAUAGCAACACACUCGUCUUGCCCGGCUACUAUGGCGAGAUCGACAAUAUCGGCAAUAUUUUGAUCAACCCCUUGGAAGACAAACCAGUUGUUGGGACGGAUCAUACAGCUGAGAAGGCGGCAGAGUUAGUCAAAGCGACCCCUGCGAUUCCAACUUUGAUUUCUUCGACUCUUGCUUCUAUUCGAGGGGAGAUGGAUACCAUGAUGCUUCGAUGCAGCAUGUCACCUGCCAUUCGCGAACAGCAGGAUGAAUUCAACGUCAUCACCAAUGCCGAAGGAAAGAUGCUUGUUGGCCAGUUCGGAAGCUUCAUCACUGAGUUCCUCAAGAUUUGGACAGGCACCAUUGAAGAAGGAGAUGUGUUCGUUACCAACGACACUUACCAAGUCCAGGGUGCUAUCAGCCACCUCAACGAUGUAAUUGUAUUCAUGCCCAUCUUCCAUGAGCAUCGCCUGAUUGGAUAUGCCUCACAAUUUGGCCACCUGACAGAUGUGGGUGGCAUUGUGCCCGGUAGCAUGUCCAUCAAUGCCACGUCUGUUUUUGAUGAUGGUGUGCAAAUUCCUUGCAUCAAGUUAUAUGCUCGAGGUGUUAUGAACAGUGACUUGGUGGAGCUUCUGUGCCGUAAUUCUCGGCAACCAGCAUGGUAUCGCUCGGAUCUGACGGCCAUUGUGGCGUCAUGUUCUAUGGCUGCGACGCGGGUUCGCGAGCUAGCGACUCGGUUUGGCCGCGAGGUCUAUUUGGCUUCAUGUGAUGAGCUGCUAUACAGAAACCGCAGUGGCUUUGCAAAGAUUGUUCAGCGCCAAUUUGAUGAUAAGAAGAGUGUAUUCACCGAUUUUGUUGACGAUGAUGGCCACGGCGUUGGUCCGUGGGCAUUGCGUUGCUCCAUGGAAAAGAUCGAUGGUGAGCGGCUGCGCUUUGAUUGGAAUGGAAGCUCUCCGCAAAGUCAACACGGCAUCAACUUUUAUCUCUCGGAGACCAUGUUCAAAAUGUUCAUCGGAUAUUAUAUUCUCGCCGCAGCCGCCCCUGGAACUGUCAUUAACGAUGGUUUCCAUGAUCUAAUCGAUGUGUCCAUCCCACGAGGCAGUGUUUUGAAACCCGUCAGACCUGCACCUAUCUCUUGUCGCACCCAUCUCAUGGGCCGAACACUAGACAUCGUACAAGCAUUGAUCGGCCAGAAGGACGACGCAUACCAAGCUGCAGCUGGCUUCAGUGACUCGCCCCAUUUCUUCUAUUCCGGCUUCAAGCCGACUGGUGAGUGGUACCAGCUUUACCAGAUUGGGUUCGGAGGUGUUCCAGCCCGACAGGCUGGUGACGGUCCAGAUUGCCACUGCCUCUUCCCAGCAAUCAAGUCUAUUCCCACGGAAAGCAUCGAGUUGAAUUACCCUCUGCGUAUCGAAGCGAACGAGAGUGUCGCCGACAGCGGCGGCCCAGGAUUCUUCCGAGGCGGUAAUGCCCAACGAACCCUGUACCGAUUCUUAGCUCGGGGGGAGUUCAGUCUGCAUGAUGACCGAUGGUUCACCAAGCCCUGGGGUCUGAAGGGAGGCAAGCCGGGGCAGCGAUCUCGGAAGGUACUUUACCGCUAUUCUCAGUCAGCAGAGAACCCCCCUACAGAAAUUCUACCGUCCAAAUGUGAUCACAUCCGUGUCGAUCCGGGUGAUCUUCUCGAGUGGAUUACUUGGGGUGGAGGCGGUCUUGGGGACCCUUUGACGCGACCAGCCGAAAAGGUCGCGCUAGAAGUUCGCCGCAAACUUGUCACGGUAGAUGGGGCCCGCAAAGGAUAUGGUGUGGUUCUGAACAGUGAUCUUGGCGUUUCGCAGCAUGAGACUGAGGAGCUGCGGGCCCAAAUGCGGCUUGAGCAGGCUCGGCUGGAAGAGCCUCCCACGUAUGAUCGUGGUGGCGAUAUUGAGGCACUAAGACAGACAUGUCUGCAAGAAACGGGACUAGAACCACCGGUUCCUCAAUGGGAGACGGAUCUGUAUGGACCUCAUUGUGCAUUGAAGUACGUGAAGGACUGGUAUGAAGAGAUGAGGAUUCAGAAAGGGUGGAAAUUAGAGUAA